UUUCUUCAUGUUCGUUCGUUAAAGUCGCGACGGUUUCGAUUGACGACGGACGGUUUGCCGGUCGACGCAGCAUUCGAAUGCGUUUAGUGCCAAGCUAGCACCCGAAACGAUAACACACACCACUUGUUGCUACUAACUAAACGCUCUAGACUUGACCAAUCGACCAAACGACCAACUGACCGAACUCCUUUGAAAUAGGACGUUUGCGUACUUCGGAAAGGAAGGAACAACAAUAGAGGUGCGGUGACCCCUUUCGGAUUUGUUGUUGUUGUUUUGUUUUUUGUUCUUUGAUAAGACCGAGUAACAUCGCAGUUAAUUGAAGUUCGAAGAAGUGAAAAAUCAAACUCGCAAACGGUCAGGUCAGUGUUUUCAAUUGUUGUUGUUGUGAGCGAAAAACGCUUGUGAGUAAUCGGAAACUGUGAGCAUACACCCCCACACGAGCGCACUUGCUGCUAGGCGUAAGGAUUUGGCGUGCGCCUGGCGAAUCGUGAUUCAGAAACCAAUCUAGAUGAUCGCCGUUCGUUUAUAGUCAUAUCGAGUUCUAAGAUUCUGCCAAAACGUUCCAACGACGAUAUAAUGAGUGAUCGGGAAGCACUGAAUUGAGAUUUUCUGCUAACCGUGUUGUGGUUGGUGUUCGAACUUUGGUGCCAGUCAUAAGCGACUUGAAGUUGUUCAGCGCGUCGAAAGUUGAAGCACAACGAGAGGUCGCGCGGGAGAAAGGUACAGCAGAGGCCCAGAAAGUCAACAAACCGCAAAGGUUGACUCUUACAGAAGAAGAAAGUUCAAAGUUGUUGGAGCAAUCUUGGGGCACGUAAAUCGAGUGAAAGAAAGAAAGCUGCUGUCGUGUAUUUUUCUUUCGCUUCCAUAUUAAUUCAAGCGCAAUCGAAAAAAGCGACUUCAAAAUCGAUGCGUAGCCCGGAGUGAUACAAAAAAAAAAAAAACGUCGACCACACCAAACUGUCUGACCUUGAUAUCAGUCGUUGUGUGUCGUUUUAUUUGGACGACUGAUAGAUGAUAUUUAUUUUUGGGACAACGAUGUCGUUACGUCGACUGGCUGUCGUUGAUUAAUUUUUUUCCAGCUGCAUUUUAUUGGUUGUUGGGUUAACGUUUAAAUUUGGAAGCUCCGAUUCAAAGCUGCUUUAUCCAUUAAUUGGAUACAGCGUGCGCGCCUUAAUGAAUCAAACUGUUGUCGAAAGGAACAAGUGAAUCUUACGCGAUUUUGAUCCAAUAAACUCAUUCGCACUCCGGCACAAGUGGUUCAAGUGUGCUCUUCCUGGACAAAGGAAACGUCUGUUUGGCAUGUGCUAAUCUGGCCCAGACGUCAAGCAAGACUCUGCAGCAGCAGCAGCAUCCAACGUCAAGACAAGAUAGACUGAAAGCUGACUUCUCUCCUCGGUGGUUGUGUGAUUAACGGGAAUAAACCGGUGCAGCGCUUCGUCAGCGUUUUCUCCAGAAAAGAGAGCUCCAAUUGGCUUCAGGGAAACUGCCAAACACAUCGUUCAGCGAGGAGUGCAACACGUGGCUCAAUGGAUAGCAAAAGGGUGCUGCUUAGUACGGUGCUGCUGGUGCUGAUCCUAGAAAUCAACAUCGUUCUCGGCAUAAAAUGCUAUUACUGUACGGUGGCCCCACCGAAUCGUUACUCGAACAACACCAAAACUCAGCUCUGUUCGAAAUUCAACCAUUCCGACCACUUCACCGUCGAUUGUCCCUGGUCCACGAUGUGCAUGAAGCGAAUAUUCAAACUGCAACUGCUGAAGGCGGAACAGGAAACCAUCAGCCGGAGCUGCGCCCAGCAGAAAAAUACCGAACAGAUCUACAAGAACGGCAACUGGACCAAGGAGCACAACAUCGAGGAACCCUACCAGGAGGGUUGUCAAACGAUCGAUGAUUCGACGUACUGCUUUUGCCGGGGGUCUCUCUGUAAUUCGGCGCCCAAAGUCGAGAACAGCUACCAUACGGACGCGAUGGCCGUCAUAUUCGUGUUCAAUGUGAUGAAGUACAUCCGAAAUAUCGAGUACUGAUCAAGGUCUAGAAGGAUCGAAAACGGAUAAAACACAUGGUGCCUAACGGAAGGAUGGCAUUUUAUUUUGCUGCCGAAGUAAAUCGAAUGACCUCCCACAUACCUACUAAUAGACAGUAGACACCAGAAUCGAACGGGUUCAAUCGAAAAAGGGGGGAGAUUUGUUCCUGCCUAUUGAGAGGGCGAAUGUGAAACCCAUACAAUGACUGAAUGUUUGACAUACAUUUAGAUACAAGUUUAGAAGUAUAGUAAUUCUCUGUUAUUUUGUUAACAUGUUAUUUCUUUUAUCAAAUAAUGUGAUAUUUGUACGUAAUAAAUAUGAACAUAACCGA